AUGGAACAUAUCCAGUCCACCUUCUCGCGCUGCAAGGCCGACGGCCGCGCCGCCCUCGUCACGUACGUGACGGCGGGCUAUCCUUCUAUCCAGGAGACGCCGGAUAUCAUGCUCGCCAUGCAGGAGGGGGGAUCAGAUAUCAUCGAGCUGGGGAUUCCGUUUACAGACCCCAUUGCCGAUGGAAAGACGAUCCAAAUGUCGAAUCUGCAAGCCCUGGCAAACGGAGUGACCAUCUCUUCCAUGCUGGAGAUGGUGAAGACAGCAAGACAGAAGGGACUCCACGUUCCGGUCGUCUUCAUGGGAUACUAUAAUCCCAUUCUACAGUAUGGAUCGGACGAGAAGCUGUUGGAUGACUGCAAGGCGGCCGGGGUGAGUGGGUUUAUCAUCGUGGAUCUCCCACCCGAGGAAGCGCUUCGUUUCAGGAAUCAAUGCAGACGAGUAGGACUAUCGUAUAUCCCCCUGAUUGCCCCCUCGACCGCCGACGACCGUAUGAAGAUGCUCUGCGAGAUCGCCGACUCAUUCAUCUACGUCGUCUCCCGCAUGGGCGUGACGGGAGCCAGCGUCUCGCUGAGCGACACGCUGCCUGCCCUCCUGGAGAGAAUCCACGUCUACUCGGAGAACCGCGUGCCUACGGCGGUUGGCUUCGGCAUCAGCACGCGCGAGCACUUUCUCAGCGUCGCCCGCAUCGCGGAGGGAGUGGUUAUUGGCAGCCAGAUCAUCUCGGUGAUCAAGGAUGCGGCGGCGGGGGAUGCUGCAAAGAGCGUGAAGAAAUACUGUUCUGCAAUCACCCAGCGAUCACCCAGUAGCAAAAGUAAUACUUUGACAUCUCCUACUGCUACCACUACUCUUACUCCUACUGCUACCUCGAUCGCCCUGCCCGACCUGCUCGAUAUGCACGGCCGCUUCGGCCAGUUUGGAGGCCAAUACGUGCCGGAAGUGCUGAUGCAAUGCCUGACCGAGCUGGAAGCUGGGUUCAACGCCGCCAAGGCAGACCCGGCCUUCUGGGCCGAGCUGCGCUCGUUCUACCCGUACAUCGGGCGGGAGUCGAGCCUGCACCUAGCGAGCCGACUGACCGAACACGCCGGGGGCGCCAACAUCUGGCUGAAACGCGAAGAUCUCAACCACACAGGCAGCCACAAGAUCAACAACGCGCUAGGGCAGAUCCUGCUCGCCCGUCGACUGGGCAAGACGGCCAUCAUCGCCGAAACGGGAGCAGGCCAGCAUGGCGUCGCAACCGCGACGCUAUGCGCCAAGUUCGGGAUGAAGUGCACGAUCUUCAUGGGCGCCGAGGAUGUGCGCCGCCAGGCCCUCAACGUGUUCCGCAUCCGCCUGCUGGGCGCAACCGUCAUCCCCGUCGAGACCGGGUCGCGCACGCUCCGCGACGCCGUCAACGAGGCCUUCCGCACCUGGGUCGUCGAUCUGCAAACCACGCAUUUCAUCGUCGGCUCCGCCUUCGGCCCUCACCCGUACCCGACUAUCGUGCGCACCUUCCAGUCCGUGAUCGGCGACGAGACCCGCGCCCAGUUCAGCGCCAUGCACGCCGGCCGCCUCCCGGACGCGGUGGUCGCCUGCGUCGGCGGCGGGUCCAACGCGACGGGCAUGUUCGCGGCGUUUGCAGAUGACCCUUCCGUCGCGAUGGUGGGCGUCGAGGCUGGGGGUGACGGCGUUGACACCCCACGCCACGCCGCCACGCUUUCCCGGGGCUCCGUGGGCGUCCUGCACGGCGUGCGCACCUACGUCUUACAGGAUGAGCAUGGGCAGAUCCGUGAGACGCACUCUCUCUCCGCCGGGCUGGAUUAUCCGGGUGUUGGCCCGGAACUGGCUCACUGGAAGGAUUCCGGCCGCGCGCGCUUCAUCGCCGUCGACGACCGCGAGGCCCUAGCGGGAUUCUGUCUGCUCAGUAGGCUCGAGGGUAUAAUCCCCGCCCUGGAGAGUGCCCAUGCCGUCGCGGGCGUCGUCAAGGUCGCGCGCGAGAUGCCCAAGGGGCAGAACGUCGUGCUGUGUCUGAGUGGGCGGGGGGAUAAGGAUGUCGAGACUGUAUCAAAAGUGCUUCCUUCUUUCAAUUUGUCAGAGUUUGACAUAUAG